AUGGCCUCCAACGAGCUUCCUCGAUUCGAUGAUUCCGAGGACGAGGAGGAUUUCAACCCAGCUCCCGCCGACUUGUCCGAAGACGAGGGCGCCGAAAGAGAAGAGGAGGACGAGCGGCCGAACCGAAAUGCCCCGGCCAGACGCAGCGAUGCGGUAGAUGACGACGAUGAUGUUCCACGCCGCAGGUCGCGGGCCAGCGGCUCUGGUGACCGCGAAGAGGAGGACGAUGGCGACGUACGCGCCCGAGACGGUGAUGACGACGAUGACGAGAACGCCAGAAGUAAUGGAGAAGACGAGGGCCGCGGCGACGACGAGGAAGGCGAGGGGGCGGACGACGAUGACGAGGAGGAUGACGAAGACGAGGAUGAUGUGCAACAGGGCCAUCGCAGGAAAAGACGUCGUGACAGACGCAAUGCCUUCUUCGAUAUCGAGGCCGAAGUCGACGACGAGGACGAAGGCGAAGACGAAGAGAAAGACGGCGAGGAGAUUGAGGACUUCAUCGACAACGCACACCCCGACGAUGUGGCCGAAAGUGCGCGUCUCGAUGACGACAGACGACAUCGUGAGCUUGACCGCCGUCGCGAGAUGGAGGCAAGCAUGGACGCCGAGAAGCAGGCCGAGAUCCUGAGGCAGAGGUACGGCAAGCGCGGUCCGUCAAAGGGAUUUGGCGACUCGGCAGUGGUGCCGAAACGACUGCUUCUUCCUAGCGUCGAUGACCCCAGCAUCUGGGCCGUCCGCUGCAAGGAAGGCAAGGAACGCGAAGUCGUCAUGUCAAUCACCAAGCGCAUUGAGGAGCGGGUUGGAACCAAGGGCGAGCUUGCAAUCACCGCCGCCUUUGAGCGAGGAGGUGCCCAGUCUGUAAUGAAGGGCUUCAUCUACGUCGAGGCUCAGCGCCAAACCGACAUCCUCGUCGCCCUCGAUGGCAUGCUCAAUGUUUACCCGCGGUCGAAGAUGACGCUCGUCGACAUCAAAGACAUGCCCGAGCUGCUCCGCGUCACCAAGACGCCGACGCUUGAGCCGGGAGCGUGGGUUCGUCUCCGUCGUCCCGCCAAACACGCCGGGGAUCUGGCCCAGGUCCUCGACGUUACGGAGAACGGUCUCGAAGCACGGGUUCGCUUCAUUCCGAGGCUGGACUACGGCAUGCGAGACGAUGCCCUGGCGUCCCUCACCACAGACGGCAAGAGGAAGAGGCCCGGCGGUAUGGCAGGUCCACGCCCGCCUCAGAGGCUAUUCAGCGAAGUGGAGGCUCGAAAGCGUCACCCUCGCCAUAUUCAAGGCAAUCCCACAACCAACACCUGGUCAUACAUGGGGGACGAGUUCGAAAACGGAUUUCAGGUCAGAGACGUCAAAAUCCAGCAGCUUGUGGUCACCGACGUCAACCCGUCAUUGGAGGAGGUAACGCGGUUCGCGUCCGGCGCCGAGGACGGCACCGAGAAUCUCGACCUCAAGGCCCUAGCCGCCAGCCUGAAAGACAGCAACACCCUGGUCACCUACCUGCCGGGCGAUAUCGUCGAGGUUUACUCGGGCGAGCAAAGGGGAGUCGUCGGCAAGGCGACCAACGUCCAGGGCGACAUCGUCACCAUGAGCGUUACCGAAGGCGACUUGAACGGCCAAACCAUCGAAGUGCCCAUCAAAGCCCUCCGGAAACGCUUCAAGAUCGGCGACCACGUCAAGGUCAUUGGUGGCAGCAAGUUCCGAGACGAAGUUGGCACUGUGGUGAAGAUCUCGGAAGAUCGUGUCACCCUCUUGACGGACCAGACAAAUACCGAGGUCACUGUCUUCAGCAAAGACCUCCGUGAGGCGAGCGACAUCGGCGGCCAGGGAUCUCUCGGACAGUACACACUCCAUGAUCUCGUUCAGCUCGACCCCACCACCGUCGGUUGUGUCGUCAAGGUUGAUCGCGAGUCGCUCGUCGUGCUUGACCAGUACGGGGACACUCGCCAGGUUAUGCCGUCGCAGAUAUCUAACAAGCUGCCCAAGCGAAAGCAGGCUGUUGCGGCCGACCGCGAUGGGUCGGAGAUCCGACUAGAUGACAAGGUCAAGGAAUUCACUGGCCAGCAACGACAGGGCAAGAUUAUACACAUUCACCGCUCGUACAUCUUCCUUCACACCAACGACAGCACGGAGAACGCGGGAGUGUUCGUGACAAAGGCUAGUAUGGUCAAUACGGUCGCGGCGAAAGGAGGCCGUGUCAGCUCGGCUUCGUCGGGCCCCGACCUGGAUGCCAUGAAUCCAGCUCUCAAGAUACACAAGAACGGAGCCGAGAACAAACCCCUUCAGCAGCCCGUCAAAACAUUCGGCCGUGACCGUGCUAUCAACCAGACCGCCAUCAUCAAGAAAGGCCCCUACAAGGGACUGUUGGGCAUCGUCAAAGACACCACCGACACGCACGCGAGAGUGGAACUGCACACCAAGGGAAAGACCAUUACUGUCCCACGAGAGUCGCUUAGCUUCAGGGACAAGACCACGGGCGCCACCAUUGAUAUCAACGGAAGGGGUCGUGGUCCACCUGGAGGAGGGCUUGGCCGCGGAGGCGGCGACAGGGUGCCUGGCUGGCAGGGGGGAUCGCCACCAGCCGCAGCGGGGGGGAGGACGCCCGCGUGGAAGGCGCAGGACUACUCGGGAUCUCGCACGCCGGCCUGGGCGGACGGUUCGCGGACAGUCAACCCCUAUGACGGCAGCCGGACUGCGUACGGGUCUGGGUCGCGGACCCCGGCUUGGCAGUCGGGUGCCUGCACGCCAGCAGUGGGCGACGCGUUCGGCGCCGGAUCCCGCACGCCGGCAUACGGAGGCUCGGGCGGCAUGGACAGCUGGGGAUCAGGGUCCAAAACGCCUGCGUGGGGAGCUUCUGCGCCCACGCCCGGCGCCAGCGGCAACGAUUCGUGGGGAUACACGCCCGGCGCAAGCGGAUCCGGACCGUACGACGCACCGACGCCGGGCGCUGCGAUGGGUGCUCCUACUCCGGGGGCAUUGAACGCUCCAACACCGGGGGCAUACUCGGCACCAACGCCCGCGGCGAGCGCGCCGACUCCGGGUGGCGGCUGGCAGGGUGGAUGGGGUGCAGACGCAGCACCGACUCCGGCAGCGGGAGCGCCAACGCCGGGAGCCAGUGGGUACUACGGAGCGCCUACACCGGCUGCAUACGGCGGACUGCCGGAGACGCCGGCUGCCAGCGGGCCCCGAUACACCGACGAUGACUGA